UGACAGUGACAGAUAUUCAGACUAUUCAGAUUUAGAGGUUAGGCUGAAGAACUCUUAAACUUUUCGUUUAAAUCUUUAUUAAUACCAGCAUCAUACAAAUGUAAUUACUCAACAUGAUGCUCUUAAAUUAUAACAUCUCACUAGUUGUGAGGCUUACUACAAAGCAGGCUUUUCCAGUGACUAAACGUGCAAGCUUUGUUAUAAAUAAUCAUAUAUCACAGCAGGUUACUUUAUAUAGCUCAAAGGUAACACCUUCAAAUGAAGAUAUUUAUAAAAAAUUCACUGAUUUUGAGACGUUAAGCAAGAAGAAAACGAUAAGUAAAGCCAUGAAAGCUUAUUUGGAACGAGCUCGAGAGCAUGACGAGUUUAUAAAGAAACAACAAUUCGAAUAUAACAUAGGUAAACGUCACCUCGCUAACAUGAUGGGCGAGGAUCCAGAAACAUUCACUCAAAAAGAUGUGGAUCGCGCCAUUGAAUAUUUAUUUCCCAGUGGUAUUUACGAUCCAGCUGCGAGACCACUAAUGAAGCCACCAGAAGAAGUAUUCCCAACUCGAAAGGCCGCAGAGUUCGAUGAAGCCGGACGUCCGCAUCAUUUUCUAUUUUACACAGGAAAACCAAAUUUUUUCAAAUUAUUAUAUGAUGCAACUGAAACCUUACAGAGUUUGUAUAAGUUUGAGGACAAGGUGAUAAGAAAGAAAGAAAUUCCUGAUCCAAAUGCAAAACUUGAAUUAUUAGCAAGUGUUUGGAUUACAAAAGAUGAAUUGGAACAGUCUUUGGUAGAGAAGUUAACUGACUUAGAAUAUGAUAAUUUUAAAUUAGUUAUGGAAAGAAUAGUUUCAUCACCAUACUCUUAUAGGUGCAAAGAUUUCAUUGAAAAGUACAGAAAACCACUUGCAUCUCAAAGAUUUGCAUUAGAGAUUCCAAAACCGAGUUAUGAUCAAGAUGGCCGUGCUUUUAUUACAACAUAUGAAUGUUUACGUAAAAAAGCUAGAGGUGAUGUAACAAUCAGAUCACCUGGAACGGGCAAGAUAACAAUAAAUGGUAAAGAUUUGACCUAUUUCCACGAUGUACAGUCAAGAGAGCAAGUCAUUUUCCCUUUAAUAUUUAGUGAAAUGUUAGGAAAGGUAGAUGUGGAAUGUAAUAUUGAAGGAGGUGGACCUUCAGGGCAGUCUGGAGCUAUAAGGUGGGGUAUAGCUUGGGGAUUACGUAGCUUCGUUGAUAAGAGUAUGCUUGAAGCCAUGCAAGUAGCUGGUCUACUAACAAGAGACCAUAGAAGGCGUGAACGUAAGAAGCCAGGGCAACCAGGAGCAAGAAAGAAGCCCACUUGGAAAAAGAGAUAAUUUAAAAAUAAGGGUUUACUGAUAGCAUUAGAAUAAAAAUCAGUUAUGCGAAA